AUGGCUGCGCAAACCUCGCCCUCCACCAACGGCGGGCCCUAUUCCGCCUACGCCGCCAGUCCGCCCACGCCGCGCCACCAGCUCAAGCGCUCCCAGAGCAGCGCCGGCUUCGAGAGCUCGCCCGCGAGCCAGCAUGACGACGAUGACCAGGCCCCCUCCAAGAAAGCCGCCCAGAAGCGCGCUUGCAACGAGUGUCGCCAGCAAAAGUUGAAGUGCGACGUCGUCCAAGACCCCUUCACGCCAUGCUCGCGCUGUCGCAAGCAGAACCUCACCUGUCAGGUCUCUGCAAACUUCAAGCGCAUCGGCAAGCGCAGCCGCCAUGCCGAGAUGGAGCGCGAGGCGAUUGACCUGAAGACCCGCGUCAAGGAGCUUGAGCAGCGCGAAUUUGAGCUCAAGCAGCAGUUGUCUUCGCUCGGUGUCGCGCCCUCGGCUAACGUCGCCGUCCCCGGCCCUCACGGCCUCGCUCACGACAACGGCCAGUCGACAAUGUUCCAGAAUUUCCUCUCCAAUGGCCAACAACAGUCACAAUACUCGGGAGGAACCCACGAUGACGCUGUGUCGUCGCUGGUGAGCUUGAAGCAGGGUUUCGGCGGUGCGGGCGCCUUUGACCGCAACCACGCCUACAACCUGGGCGCCGUCUACCUCACCACCGAGCAGGCCGAGGAGCUGUUCCGCGAUUAUUUCGCCCACUACCACCGCUUCCUGCCCCUGCUGGACCCUAACCAGAGCGUUGAGUCAUAUAUGAACCAGUCCAAGCUCCUCUUCUGGACAGUCAUAGUGAUAGCCGCUCGGCAUUGGCCCAAGGACCCGACUCUCCUGCAGAAGCUAACCCCCUCGUACCGUGCCCUGCUGUGGACUACCAUUUCCGAUGUUCCGCAGACGUACCAUGUCGUCAAAGGCAUGUGCUUACUGUGCACCUGGCCCCUGCCAGCCAGUAGCACCACCAUGGAUGAGACCUUUAUGCUUGCUGGAGUCAUGAUGCAGAUCGCUAUGCACCAUGGCCUGCACCAGCCAUCCCAUGCCCAAGACUUCUCGCGCACUCACGUCCAGCUUAGGGAUGAUGAGAUCAAGGACCGCCUGUCGACAUGGGCGGUGUGCAACACGGUUGCGCACUGGCAAGUCACCUGA